AUGGCGACAUCGUAUCCUGCUGUCUCGGGUCACUCGAGGCCCGCGUACCAACUACCUCUGGUCAAUCCGGUACCGCAGUGCGGCAAUGGGGGUGAAUGUGAGAGCAAGCAGCACAGGAGGGUCGUUCGGUCGUUAGCGUCGUCGUCUGAUUCCGAGUCGUGGACGACGGUUGUCGGCGGAGCAAGCGACGGCGACGCAGCUAGUGCGACACGUGCGACAACUGCGACGGGUUCGGCGGCGAGCGGCGGCCAGGAGCAGGCUUUGUCGCAGGAUGGAUCGCACGCGCAAGUCAAGGCGGUGGGGGGGGGAGCGGGAGUGAAUGGUCAGGUGGAGGGGUUUAGAACGGUGGAUGGAGGUUCGGAGGGGGGAGAGGAGGACGACGAGGAGGAAUGGGAAGAGGAGGAGGAUGAGGAGGAGGAGGAUGAGGAGGAGGGAGAGGAGGAGGAGGAGGAGGGAUGGGAGGAGGAGGAAGAAGAGGAGGAGGAGAGUGAGGAAGAGAGGAGGGAGAGGAGGCAGCAGUCGGAGCAGUGGCUGCUGAAUUUCGACAAGCUCGGAUCCACAGUGCCGGUAUCCGCGCUGGACGCGCAGCAGCUGCGCCUGUACUUCGCGGAGUCGCUGGCGCGCAGCAGCCGUGCGGGCGCGGGGGAGGAGGUGGAGGCGCGCAUGGCGGAGAUGCGCCGCCUGGGUCUCCGGGCGGGCGCGCGCGCGCACCACGCCGCAGUGGUCGUGCACACGUCCAAGGGGGACCUCUUUGAAGCGGUAAGGCGGGUGUUGCGGCGUAUCUCGUCGUGCCCUGCGGCGCAUGCUGAACAGCGGCGUGUUUCCGCUGUACGAGACGCUGGUGGCGGUGCUGCGGCUGAGUUUAAACUCAUAAACAUAUCCCCUCUUUCCCACCGUCACCCUCCUCUCCCCUUACCGCCUGUUCCCCUCUUAUCAGCGCCGGGCGUUACAGCGCAUGUUGAACAGCGGCGUGUUUCCGCUGUACGAGACGCUGGUGGCGGUGCUGCGACUGAGUUUAAACUCAUAAACAUAUCCCCCUUUCCCACCGUCACCCUCCUCUCCCCUUACCGCCUGUUCCCCUCUUAUCAGCGCCGGGCGUUACAGCGCAUGUUGAACAGCGGCGUGUUUCCGCUGUACGAGACGCUGGUGGCGGUGCUGCGGCUGAGCGGCAGGCAGAGAGGCACACGCCGCGCCAUGCGCCGCAUGUUAAACAGCGGCGUGUUCCCGCUGUACGAGACGCUGGUGGCGGUGCUGCGGCUGAGCGGGCGGAGGGGGCAGGUGGAGGAGGGGGAGGGCAUCCUCGCGCUCAUGGGGGAACUGCAGCUCAAUCAGCGGGCGGCGUGGGUCGUCCUUAUCGAGGAGCUAUUUGCAUCGGGCAGUCAUGCGGAGGGCAAGGCGCUGCUUCUAAGAGGAGUGGAGGACGGGAUGUGGCCCACAGCAGGCCUCAUAGACACGGUGGUGGAGAGCAGCUGCCGGGAGGGAAGGCAUGCGGACGCACAUGACGUGAUGAACGCUCUGGAGCAGCGCGGAUGGACGCCUGCCACGUUCCACCAUAACUGCGUGCUCAUGAGCAUGAGCAAGGCGGGCGUGCCGGACGUUGCGGUGCAGAAGCUGGAAGCGAUGGUGGAGGAGCAACGCGAGGGGCUGAAGGAGAGUCGCAGGGAGGGCAAGCCUGACGUGCACUCCUACAACUGGGUGCUUGAGGCUUUCGCCGCACACCCCCAGGAGAGGUACGAGGACACGUUGGAGUUCAUAGGGCGCAUGGUGGAGGACAGCACAGUGCACCCCAACGGCAAGACCUACGCUCUGCUGAUCGAGAUAUUCUGCAAGGACUGGAACUUCCUAUCAGAGGCAGUGCGGCACUUCCGGGCCCUGCAGCGCCUGCCAGGCCAGAUGGGCUGCCUCGACGUGCAGAGGGGCGACCGCUACCACGCCACUGCUCUCUUCCUCAGAGCGCUCUGCCGAGCAGGUCUGGUGCAGGAGAUGCAGGAGGUGCUGCAGGCGAUGGUGCGAGACAGAGUGAGGCUGCCAGAGUCGGCACUGCUGGUGGACAAGCGCACCCGGCGCACACUGGUUUCGGCAUGGAUGCAGCCGUGCGACAUGGAACCCGACUAUGGGCAGCCCACUGAUUACAUUCAAAGGGCUGCGGACGAGUCGGACAACUGGAGUGUGGAGAGGAGGGAGAAGAGGGACAUGGAGCGCCACGGGGGGUGGUGGCGGGUCAAGAUGGAGACGGACGAGCUGCCGGGCUUCUGGCUGCCGCCGCCCACGGUGUCGUUCGAGGAGAGCCUUGUGCGGCGCUUUAGGGCCUACCGCAAGCAGCUCUACUACACACUCAUGUGGCGGGGAGUGGCAGCAUGGCCGGCAGAACUGGGAGUGAGCAAGGAGGAGGCGGUAGAAGUGGCGGAGUGGCUGGAAAUGGAGUUACAAAUCCAGGGCCCCACAGGGGCGGGCGCAGGCACUCCCAUGGGCGGAGGCGGAUCCGCCCUGCUCCCAGCCGCAUCUUCUGCUGCCGGUGCUUCUUCUAGUGGUGAUGCAGGCACUGCUGCUGGCACUGCCACGACCAGCACCAGUGCUGCUGGUUCUUGGGGCCUAACCGGGGGCUUGACGGGGGGCCUGACGGGGGGGUUGAUGGGGGCGAGGGGGGGGGCGAGGGCGCCCAAGGCGGCGAGCAAGAUGGUGGUGGGGGAGCUGCGGCAGGAGCUGGCGGGGCAGGGGCUGCCCACCGAUGGCAACCGUGCCGUGCUGUAUGCUCGCGUGCAGCGGGCGAGAAGGCUCAACAAGGCGCUGGGGAAGCCGCUGUGGACGCCCCAGACCAGAGAGCCCGUGAUGCAGGCGAGCGCAAGGGUAGAGUAUCUCCUGGAGCACCUGACCCUGGACGGCACAGCGGCGUCGUGGCCGCAGGUGAUAGAGAUGAUGAGGGAGAGUGAGCGGCGGGCGAGUGAGGCGCAGCAGCAGCGCGAGCAGGACGAGCGGCAGCGGGAAGCAGACGAGAAGCAGCGGGCGGCCGACGAGCGGCAGCGCGUGGAAGACAAGCGGAUCCGGGCGGCGCUGUCCGGCGGGGAGGAAGAGGAGGAGCAGGAGGAGGAGGAGGAGGUUGACGAAGAGGAAGAUGAGGAAGAUGAGGAAGAGGAUGAGGAUGAUGAAGAUGAAGAAGAGGAGGAGGAAUUAGAGGUGGAUGAUGUGAUAGAUGAUGAGGAGGAUGAGGACGAAGAGGAGGAGGGGGCGGUGGGGGAAGAGGACGAGGCGGUGGACGAGGAGGAGGUGGCGCCGGGGCAGGCGGGCGGCAUGCUGGGCGGCGGAGCAGAGAGGGAGGUCUCGGUGCUGGCCAUGGAGGAGGAGGGCGUGCGGGGCGGCGGCGGGCUGCUCACGUCGCAGCUUGUGGGCGGCAGUGCGGGCGGCGGUGGUGGGAGCGCAGCGGGAAGAGCCAAGGCCAAGUCGUCGGAUCUGUACGACGAUGAGGACGAGGGGGAGGUGCACGCAGCAGCGCCGGCCAUCCUGGCGGGGUCAGCAGCGCAGGCAGCAGAGGAGGACGAGGAGAUGCAGGCGUUCCGCGCAGAGGAGGACCUCAUACCGCUCUCCACCACUCUGGACGGCAUCUUCACCUUGGAGGAGCGGUGGGGGCACUGGUGGGAGCGGGCUGACAAGGAGCGGGUCGUGCUGCCGUGGAGUGAGCGCAUGGAGCUCGACAGCGCUUGGAGCAUCUUUCAACUGGUGAUUGAGCUGGGCGGCGUUCCGUCCCUGGCAGACUGCUGCAUGGUGCUGUGGGCGGCAGUGGACGGCAACGAUUGUCGUAUUAUGCAGGGGGUGGUCGAGAAGUCGCACAUGAUUGGUCACAAGUUCGGCAUCAACCUCUACAAGACGGUGGUCAACACGUGCCUUGGGCUCCUGCAGAUUGACACAGCAGUUGCAAUCUUGGAAGAUAUGCAGCAAGCGGGCGUCCAACCAGGCGAUGACAUGUGGCAGCAUGUGGAAGAGGCCCGCCAGGUGGCGGCUGAGCGGGUCGUUGAGGAGCAACGGCGGCGAGAGGCUGCUGAGGUGGCGGCUGCAGAAGCGGCAGCUGCUGAUGUGGCGGCUGGUGCCAUAACUGGCACGAACGGGUACGUGCAGGCGAACAAAUUCGUGAUUCGCCACCGGCACACGAAGUUCGAGGCGAAAGAGUUCCAGGAAGGCGCGGGAACGGGCGGAAUUAGCCGCAAGGCGAACAAAGAGAUCCUGGAGCAUGAUCGGAAGCGGCAGAUCGAGCUGAAGCUGCUGCUGCUGCGCGAGACGCUGGAGGAGCAGGGGUACCUGGAGGAGGAGAUGGAGGAGCAGAUGGAGCAGGCCCGCGCGCAGCUCGAGGCCGCCAUGCGGGAGGAAUCGGAGGACCAGGCGCUGGAGUCGCUAGGUCUGCUAAAGAAGGGGGACGCGUUCGACCGCGAGCUGCAGGAGCAGCGGCGGCAGGAGCGGCAGCUGGCGCGGGAGGAGGCGGAAGAGGCGCGGCGGCGGGAGGAGAAGGAGCGGGAGAAGGAGGAAAGGCGGAGGGAGAAGCAGAGGCGGAAGGAGGAGAAAGAGAUGAAGAAGAGGCUUAAGAAAGAAGAGAAGGCGCGGAGGCGGGCGGAGGAGGAGGCGGCGGAGCGGGAGGAGGAGAUGAGGCGGAAGGAAAAGAAGGCGCGUAAGCUCCGGGAAGCGGAGGAGGCGCGGCGGGCGGAAGAGGCGCGGGAGGCGGAGGCGCGGAGGGCGGAAGAGGAAGUUAGGCGGAGGGAGGAGGAGGCGGAGCGCAGGGAGGCGGAAAGGUUGAGAGCAGAGCGGAAGAGGGAGGAAGGGCGACGGAAGGACGAAGGGGAGACGCGGAGGGGAGACGAGAGGAGGGGGAGGGGGAAGGAGGAGGAGCAGGGUAGUGAGCGGAAGAAACAGCGGAGGGACGCGCGCGCCACUGAUGCUGCUGAUGAUGAUGAGGGCGAGGACAGGUGGAUGGCUGGCAAGAGCAUCUCUUUCAAGAAGCGCGAGGGGGUGAGGGAGGGGAGAGGGGAAUCGGAGAGCGAGGAGGAGGAGAGGGAGCGGGAGCGGGGGCGGGGGCGGGGGAGGAAGGCGGAACAGGUUGAGAAGGACUCGGAGGGUCGUGGCAGCAGGCAGCAGAGGUCGUUCCGCGCCGAGCCCAAAGACCUCUCGCCCAAUCGCCGCUCUGCCUCUCCCAAGCGCGCCCGCUCUCCCAGCCCCAAGCGCUAUCGCGCCUCCAUCCCCAGAGCCGCCCCUUCCCCCAGUCCCCAGCGCUCUCGUUCCCCCAGCCCUAAACGCGCCGCUCCGCCCACGUUCAAGCGCGCCCGCUCCCCCAGCCCCAAGGGAGGCCGUUCCCCCAGCCCUCAGCGACGGCCAGUUAGGGCUGCUGCUGCUGCCCCUGCCGCUGCCGCUUCCCCCACCAGCUCGUCCGGUCCCUCGUCGCCCUCCUCGUCUCCCUCUCGCUCGCCCUCCAGGUCGCCCGCUCGCUCACCCUCUCCUCCCCGCCGCAGGCAGGUUGCUGCUGCUCCCAGGCCGCGACAUGACAGCAGGAGCGCGUCUCCCCCUCCCAGGGGGGCCGAAGGCGGGGGCAGAGGCGGAGUCAGGGGUGGGGGUGGGUGUGGGGGCGGUAGGGGCAAGGGUGGGUCUCCAGAGGUUAGGGGGAGGGAGGAUGGGUCCCCUGUACGCAGGGCUGGGGGCAAAGGCAGGAAUGUGUCUCCUGCUCCGAGGGGUGGCAAGGGGGAUUUGCGGGGGAGCAGGGGCGAGGGCAAGGGGGCAGGGGGGAGGGAUGUGUCUCCUGAGGCCAGGGGCGGUCGGGGGGACAGGGAGGGGGGGAGGAGGCGGAGGGGAAGGGACGACGAGAGUGAAAGUGAAGAUGAGUCACCGAGAGGGAGGCGGGGAAGGUGA